AUGCCCCCCAAAAGGGUAGUCCUCGAUCCACUCCUCAUGGAAAUCAACCAAACCACCCCGACCGCGAAUACUCGUACGAUGAGAACGGCUCAUCCGGAUCCCCAUGCAACCCCCACUGGCUCUGUGCCCGCAAGAACUCCUUUGAUGCCGAGUCAACCUGAUCCCCAUACAACCCCGGUUCCCCAACCAGCCCCUUCAACUGAAAUACCCGAUGAGACUGACGAAGCUCCUAAGAAGAAGGCUCCGAAGUGGUCAAUCGAGGAAGAUAAACAGCUUUGUGCUGCUUGGUUGAACACUAGCCGAGACAGUAUCGUCGGGACCGGUCAGAAAGCUGGGACGUUUUGGGAACGGGUUCACCAGCUUUAUACCGAUCUGGUCGUCGAUUACAACAAGGAAAACAAAAACUCAAGAACGAUCAAACCUUUGCCAAUUCGACUCGUCAAUGCGGUCGAAUGUCGUUGGGGUCAUAUUAUGAGAGUCUGCAACAAGUUUGGUGGAUGCUAUUCGCAAGUUGAACGUCGAAUGAGGAGUGGGAUGAGUCGAGAUGAUAUCCUUUGCAAGGCGAAGGAACUGUAUAAAUCCAAGAACGAGUCGAAUUUCAAUCUCGAUCACUGCUGGGGCAUUUUGAGAGAACACCCAAAAUGGCAGGCAACCCAGCAAGAGAUCAAUCUCCGACAGAAAAAAUCCAAAGAACCGCCAAGUAGCACCCCUGCAACCGAUGAGGCUUUGCCCUCAAGUCCUCAAACAGGCACUCAACCAGAUGAGGAAGACGAUCGUAGUGCCCUGGGUUCUGACACACGUAUGGAGGGCAACAAAGCGGCCAAAAGGAAGAGAGACGAGGAUGCGAUGUUGCAGAAGAUCAUCAAGACACAGGAAGAGUUGGUCAAGAUAUCUAAGGAGCGCUCGGCAUCCGUUCAAAAAGCAUUGGAGGAGGCGUCGGAGGCAAAGAAGUUAGAGGCUGACGAUCGCAUCAUGGCGAUGGAUCUCACUGGCAUGGAUGACGAAGCGAAAGCGUACUGGCAAAAGAAAAGGCGGGCUAUUUUGGAUCGACCAGAGUAG